CGUCACUGCGUCAAUCAAACGUCAAACGUCAACCGCCGACGUCACUUGUUCCUGGAGAACCACGUGAUCGUAUUCAUUCAAAGCUCUCAGGAUGUUCCAGGCCCGUGGGUCAUUCAGAGGCUCCAGAGGACUGUCUUUGGCUCAAGUCCUCAUGAAGAAUGCAGCUUCCACAUCAGGACUGACCGACUCCUUCAAACCUCCAUCUGUCCUGAAUCAUCCUGGCAAACAUGGUUUUGACCACCAAGGCAAAAGUACAUUUAAACGUGGUUAUGCUGUCAAGUCACCAGCUUCGCCAAAAAUGCUGAUUGACAAAUACGCUCAAGGCGAAACAGACGCCGUGUCUUUGCUCCAUCAGCUUGCCCGGAUUUUGCAGUUCCACCUGGAAAUGAAGGAAACCGUGACUACAGGCAACAUACCAGGCCUUUAUUUUGCCUUUUGUGUGGUGAUUGAUGGGGUCAAGUACAAGACCGGCAUGGGGAUAACAAAGAAGGAGGCUCGGCUCAAAGCGGCGCAGCUCGCUGUGCCGGACCUGCUGCCCACCUUGGAAAGUCUGAAGUCUUUCCUCCCUGAAGCUUCAGAUGCCCCUCCACCACUGCCAGUAAAGGAGGAGCCCUCCAUCUCUGAUAUACGUCCCUGUAGACCCAUUCAUGAAAGGACGAGUUCCGUCAACCUCCAGAUUCCACACGCUGUCAGGGAUCAGCUCACUAAACUGAUGAACAGCCACCCAGAGUUCUCUCCUUGUGCCGGCACCACAGCAGCUUUCAUCAUUCAGACUUCCAGCGGUUGCGAGGUGGUCGCUCUAGGCACGGGGAACUUCAAUACCAAAGAGAGUGCCUCGUCUAGUGGGAGAAUCGUACACGAUUCACAUGCAGUGGUGAAUGCAAGGAGAUCACUAAUGAGGUUUCUGUACCGGCACCUGCUGAUGUUCUUCAGCAAAACGGCCAAUCUGACAGAGAAGUCCAUCUUCCAGCAGAGCAGCAGCAGCGGCCUCCUCAGCCUGAAGAGCGGCAUCACCCUCCACCUCUAUGUGAACCAACUGCCAAAGGGUGCCGCUCAGAUCCCCUCUAAGCUGCGCCUGAACCCGCUCUCCAUUUCAGCAUGGCAAGUCAACAAUGAGAUCAGCCUACACCUGUCAGUGGAGGGAAAGGUGUUCUCAGUUUUCUCGUCAGCCUUCGAUCACUCCACCUCCAAGGUGGUCAGCAUGUCCGCCACAGACAAGCUCACUCAGUGGCAGGUGCUCGGGUACCAGGGAGCCUUGCUCAGCCACUUCAUUGAGCCCAUCUAUGUCCAAAGCAUCCUCAUAGGUGACAUUGGCUGCAGUGAUGUCCGUUGCAUGAAGAUCUCUGUGAGCCAGCGCGUGGAGGGCAUCACCUCCCAGCUGCCCAUGUUCUACUGCAUGAUGAGACCGCACAUCAGCCUGGUUCCUGCUGUGGCUACCAACAGCACCGAGGGGGGCCGGUUGACCUACGGUAUCAACUGGAGCGAAGGAGACAGCUCGUUGGAGGUCGUGGACGGCCUGGCGGGCAAGACCAUAGAGGAAUCUCCCUUUAAGAGUGGAUCUGCUCUUGCAAGCCGUCUGUGCAAAGCGGCGAUGCUGCACCGCUUCAAGUUGGUGGCCAAAGAGGCCCAGAGGCAGGACCUGCUGGCCACAAGCUCCUACAGAGAAGCCAAGCGGAUGGCGAAGCCGUACCAGGAGGCCAAGAACGUGCUGCGGGCGUACCUGUUGCAGCAGGGCUUUGGUCCCUGGCUGGUCAAGGUUUCUGUUAGUGAUAACUUCAACAUGUGAAUAAAAGCCCAUUAUUCUGGGGAUGAAAAAAAACCUCAACAUUCUGGAAGUUUUUUAAACAACAAAUUUAAGUUAACAAUAAGCACUUGUUGCUGUGGGACUUACCGUGCUGGUAAUACGUUUCUGUUGUGUUUUCUAAAGGGAUUAAAGUCAAUCCCUGUUCAUUUUAAGAGCUAUUUUUUUUGUUUGUGAAGUGAUGUCUAUGGCCUUUGACCUGACUUCACAAGGUCUGAUUUUCAAGUACAAAAUACUAAAUAUUUGUAUAAAAUAGCCAUUUGAAGAGGCAAACAUCUUGUGUUUCUUCUCACAACAGACCU